AUGCCGCUAACACGCAUCGCCCGCAUGGUCUACCAAGAUGAAGACGACGACGAGUGGCUGGAUGAGUCGACCAGCAUCAUGUUUGCCAUGGCAGCUGUGGGAGAACGUAUCCGGAAGUCUCGCCAGCGUGGCAGGAGCAGCCUCACAAGAGCUGAUCUCCCGCGAAAUCCGCGUCAUGGGACAUCAUGA